AUGCAAAAUACAAAAUGUUGCAAAACUUUUGGAACACCCGAUAUUCCACAAUCAUUACUACAUGAUAUUUUUCAAUUUAAUACUCACGCUACAAAUGUUAUUUAUUCUAAAGAUAGAAAAUCUCAUUGGACAGAACGCUUCUUUGAAUAUCAUCAUAUACCUGAUAAUAUAAUUGAUCUCUCAACACUUCAAGAUACAUUUAUGUACAGUAAUGAUUAUCGUUCAUCAGAACAAGUACGUAACAAACGUGGAAUACUUGUUGGUAUAUCGAUGAGUACAACUAAAAUAGCUGCUGAUAUGGCAACAAGUGCUAAGCAUAUUAUACAUAUGGCACCAUAUACUUUUUGGUCUGUACCACAUCUUCUACCACUAAUAACUAAUGAUUCAAGUUCACCAUUUCUUUCUCACUUUUAUUUUCUAUCAUCGAUCAAUACGAACAUCAAAUAA